AUGGAACGAAUAGACAAAGAAAAAAAUGAAUGUUUACAAGAUGAAAAAGUCUUAUUGGACAAUAAUGAUAGUGGUAUGUCGUCAGAAGAAAACGAAGACUCGUUUAAUGCAAGUGUCUAUAAUAACAAUAAUUUAAAUAUAAACAUGACUUCAACAGUAGAUGAUAAGAAGGGAGUAAUAACGAAGUGCCUAGCAAACCAAACUCAAUGUAUUGUGAAUUGGAAUGAAAUUCCAUGUUGUUCUAAAGAUGUUAAUAAAAAUGUUAAUGUUAAGGAUGACCUAUACAGGUAUAAAUCUGCAAAUAUACUUAAUGAUAAUGACAUAAUUAAUAACGAAUUUACUGUGAUAGAUAUGACAUGCGAUGUCGAUAACGUCUGUGAGUCUAGUAAAUUUGGUGAGGAUAUUAUAGAUACAAAUGUGUAUAACGUUGAUUGUGAUAACUCAAUAACGCAUAGUGUAGGUAUGAGUCAAAGUUUAGUUCCUGUCGUGAACAACGAAGUUGUUGUGUCCGAAAACCAGAAGUUGGUUAGUUUAUCCUUGUCCAUACUUCUCGCUGCACUCCUUCAGGCAAUGCGUUGUUUUGCUCAGUUUAUAGAGGACAUUGUUAUUCCACAGCGGCAUUGA